AGAAACGUCGUUUGAGCAUUUCAUUAGUGCAUCCAUUGUGUGCAGGACAGGAUGACUUUGUUAAGGUAUCUCGUUGUGACAAUUUUAUUGGCUUCGGCGGCCGUUGGUCGACCCAGCCGCAAAAUUGAUUGGAACUUGGUGCGACCGAUAGGUGAAUUCCCUCACGUAACGCGCCGGGUUCAUGACCACCUGUUGGGUGAUGUGGACAUUACAAGGUCCCGUACCGAUCAACGGAUCGUUGGAGGACAAGUAGCUUCACCUGAACGAAUUCCUUAUCAGGCUGCAAUCUUGUCGGACGUGACCAACGGAACUGGGCUGUGUGGAGGCGUGCUGAUUUCAGCGAACUAUGUCUUAACGGCGGCUGUUUGUGUCCAUGGGGCUAGCGAGGGAACGGUCAUCUUGGGAGCUCAAAACCUUCAGGAUGAAACGGAAGAUGGUCAAAUGCGAAUCGAUUUCACCAGCUCGGAUUAUCAAGUGCACGAAAAUUAUGUGGAGUUUAUAUUUCGAAACAAUAUAGCCGUUAUCAGACUAUCGGUGCCGGCAGUGGAAUCGUCAAGAAUUAAACCGGUAUUGUUGCCAGCAUCAACCGAGUCUCGAACGUUCGCCGGAAUGCUUGGCACGGUGAGUGGAUUCGGACGGAUAUCGGAUGGAAGUACCUCGUUUUCCGAUGAGUUGCGUUACGUUUACAAUCCAAUUAUGACCAACGCAGACUGCAAUGCCGAUUGGUGGGGUGACCUCAUGGAAGAUCAGAAAAUGUGUCUCUCGAACACCAGUGACCGGGGACCGUGUGUUGGCGACGCCGGAGGACCACUUACUGUGCAGGACGAUGAUCAAAGUCUGUUGGUUGGAUUUUUCUCCUUUGGAGCCGUACUUGGAUGCGAAGUUGGUUGGCCUACGGUUUUCGUGCGAGUUACCUUCUAUCUCGAUUGGAUACAAACACACACUGAUAUAGUUAUCAGAUCGAAUUGAAACGGACAGAAUUCCUCACUCGGAGUGUGUCGUGACGACGGGUUGUAAAAGUAUCGCUCGAUACUGGGCCGAAUAAAUCGCAAAGCAGUUGUUGGCACGUUGCUGUUUUCGAUAAGAUAAAUAAAUUCUUGCUGUUUGUAA